CCCUGGACCCUCUCUCUCAUGGCAGGGGAGAGCUUCCCUUUCACCUCCUCCACCCUGCGCGCUCUCCGACUACAGAGAGAGUGGCUGGAAUGGGAGGACAGGAGGCGGGCUGCUGCUCAUCAGUGCCGAAGCCACCGGAACCUCGCUGGUCCCCAGGCCCGGCUCACCAGGCCUCGCCGCCGCUCCUGCCGGGACCCAGCUGUCCACAAUGCCCUGUUCUCUGGGGACCUGCAGCAGGUCCAGAUCCUGUUCCAGGAUGAAGAAGCUGCCAACAUGAUUGUGGAGACUGUGAGCAACCAGCUAGCCUGGUCAGCGGAACAGGGAUUCUGGGUGCUGACUCCAAAGACCAAACAGACGGCGCCCCUCACCAUCGCUGUGGCCAGAGGCUACACAGACUGUGCCCGACACCUUAUCCUGCAGGGGGCUGAGCUUGACGCCCGAAUUGGAGGCCGUGCCGCCUUGCACGAGGCCUGUGCCCAAGCCCAUCCCGACUGUGUCCGGCUGCUGCUCACAUUCGGUGCCAAGGCUGACGUAUUGUCUGAGGAGGGCAUGACUCCCUUGCACCUCUGCACGGCUCCUGAGUCCUUGCAGUGCGCCAGGUUGCUGCUGGAGGCUGGAGCGUCCGUGAAUGUGGCUUCACAGGAGAGUGAGGUCACCCCCCUGCAUGUGGCUGCAGCUCGUGGCCUAGAGCGACACGUGGCCCUGUACCUGGAGAACGGUGCCGACGUGGGCCUGCGCACCAGCCAGGGGGAGACGGCGCUGAACGCCGCGUGCGCUGGUGCGGAGGGGCCAGGCAGCUGCCGGCAGCACGAGGCUGCCGCGCGACACCUCCUGGAAGCUGGGGCUGAUCCCCGGGCUGCUGGUCGCAAGCGCCACACGCCACUGCACAACGCCUGCGCUAAUGGCUGCGGAGGCCUGGCUGAGCUGCUGCUUCGCCACGGGGCCAGCGCUCGAGUCACCAACGGGGCAGGCCAUACACCAAUGGACUGCGCGCUGCAGGCGGUACAGGACGCCCCCAACUGGGAGCCGGAGGUCCUCUUGGCAGCGCUGCUGGACUACGGGGCUCAGCCCAUUCACCCUGAGAUGCUGAAACACUGUGCCAACUUUCCUCGGGCCCUGGAAGUCCUGCUGAACACCUAUCCAUGCGUUCCGGCCUGUGACACCUGGGUGGAGGCGGUGCUUCCCGAGCUGUGGAAGGAACAUGAAGCCUUCUACAGCUCAGUCCUAAGCAUGGAAAACCAGCCAAGACGGCUUCAGCACCUGGCCCGCCUGGCUGUCCGUGCUCAGUUGGGUGGCAACUGCCGGCAGGCUGCUUCCCAGCUCCCCCUGCCCCCGAUGCUCAGAGACUACCUGCUGCUGUGUGUGGAGGGACGAAUCCAGUGAGCUCUGAGCAGGCCAUUUCCGCUUCCCCCUGCUCCUACAUCCAGCCCUGGGAAACCAACCGCUGCCCCCUUUCCUCUGCACUCUGCAUGCCUUCCAGAUGGAGCUUGUCCCUCCACUGACAUCUUAAGCCGCCUACGGGUCUUCAGGCCUUCUCAGCCUGUCCCCCCAAACACCUUUCACACACCUACUGCUCUCAUGCUUCAGAAAAUGGCCUCUUUAGACCUCCCACCAAGCUACAAGCAACUGAUCCCCCGUGUAGCAAAUCCCCUGCCACAUAUAUGCCUGCUCAGCCCUUUUCAUAGUGACAGGCCCUCAGACAGAUUUGACGGCAUGGACCUCUAAGCCCAGGACUCAGGAGGCUGAGGCAGUGGAUUGUGAGUUCAAAGCUAGCAAGAUCUUGGGGGAAAACCAGACCUUGCUUCACGGCCUGUAGUGUUUCUAUCCAGCCUGACUCUGGGUAGGACUUCAAGGAAGGGCUGUU